AUGAUGGAAGUACCGUCCUGCCCGAAAAAAAGUCUCUCGCUGUCUCUUCCCGUCCCGCGGGAGGGACAGGCCACCUUGAAACCUCCGCAGCAUCUAUGGAGGCAACCACGGACACCCAUCAGAAUCAAACAUCGGGGUUACUCGGACACGGAUCGCCACCCUCACAGGCAGAUGGAAAGAGCCGAUGCCAUGGACACGAGCGACCGCCCCGGCCUAAGGAAAUCCAGAAUGUCCUGGCCGUCGUCUUUCCACGGGACCACCAGCAACAGCCAUGCAAGCCAUAAACACCGCUUCGAUGUGGAAAAUGGGCCUUCUCCAGGUCGCAGCCCGAUUGAUUCGCAGGCGAGUCCAGGGCUGGUGCUGCACCCCAGCUUCCCACAAAGCCAGAGGAGGGAGUCGUUCCUGUACCGGUCGGACAGUGACUAUGACAUGUCCCCCAAAACCAUGUCCCGGAACUCCUCUGUCACCAGCGAGGCGCACGCUGAAGACCUCAUUGUUACCCCAUUUGCUCAGGUGCUGGCCAGCCUGCGUAGUGUCCGGAACAAUUUCACCAUCCUUGCCAAUGUUACCACACCUACCAACAAACGCUCCCCAGUAAUGCCUCAGCAAACGGUCUGUAAAGCCACCCUCUCAGAGGAGACUUAUCAGCAGCUAGCCAAAGAGACGUUAGAAGAACUAGAUUGGUGUCUAGAUCAGCUGGAGACCGUACAGACCUAUCGCUCUGUCAGUGAAAUGGCUUCCAACAAGUUCAAGAGAAUGCUGAACCGUGAGCUGACCCACUUGUCUGAGAUGAGCCGUUCCGGGAACCAGGUCUCAGAAUAUAUUUCCAGCACCUUUCUCGAUAAACAGAACGAUGUGGAGAUCCCUUCCCCAACACAGAAGGAGCGGGAGAAAAAGAAGAAACAGCAGACCAUGUGCCAAAUCAGUGGCGUCAAGAAGCUCACGCACAGCUCCAGCCUGACCAACUCUACAAUACCUCGUUUUGGAGUGAAGACUGACCAGGAGGAACCUCUUGAAAAGGAAUUGGAUAAUUUAAACAAGUGGGGCCUUAAUAUCUUCCAAGUGGCAGAAUAUUCCAAUAACCGUCCGCUGGGCUGUAUCAUGUACACCAUAUUUCAGGAGCGAGAGUUAUGUAAGACCUUUAAGAUCCCCGUAGAGGCACUAAUCACUUACAUGAUGACCUUAGAAGAUCACUACCAUGCCGACGUGGCAUACCACAACAGCUUGCAUGCCGCUGACGUCACACAGUCCACUCACGUGCUUCUCUCCACUCCAGCAUUAGACGCGGUGUUUACAGAUCUGGAGAUCUUGGCCGCGUUGUUCGCAGCUGCAAUUCAUGACGUCGACCACCCUGGAGUUUCCAAUCAGUUUCUUAUUAAUACAAAUUCGGAGCUGGCUUUGAUGUACAAUGACGAGUCAGUGCUGGAGAACCAUCAUCUGGCUGUGGGAUUCAAGCUCCUGCAGGAAGAGAACUGUGACAUUUUCCAGAACCUGACGAAACGCCAACGUCAGAUGAUGAGGAAGAUGGUGAUUGACAUGGUCCUGGCAACAGAUAUGUCCAAACACAUGAGCUUAUUAGCAGACCUGAAGACCAUGGUGGAGACCAAAAAGGUGACCAGUUCUGGUGUCUUACUGCUAGAUAACUACACAGACCGGAUACAGGUCCUUCGCAACAUGGUGCAUUGUGCUGAUCUCAGCAACCCGACCAAACCACUCGAGCUGUAUCGUCAGUGGACGGAUCGCAUCUUGGAGGAGUUCUUCAGACAAGGGGACAAAGAGCGAGAGAGGGGGAUGGAGAUCAGCCCCAUGUGUGACAAGCACACGGCCUCUGUGGAGAAAUCACAGGUUGGCUUCAUUGAUUAUAUUGUCCACCCGCUGUGGGAGACAUGGGCAGAUCUCGUACACCCGGACGCUCAGGAUAUCCUGGACACGUUAGAGGACAACAGGGAUUGGUACCAGGGCAUGAUCCCCCAGAGUCCAUCUCCACCACCAGACGACCCGGAUAAAGAUGAAGAAUCCUGCAUCGACAAGUUCCAGUUUGAGCUGACGUUGGAGGAGGAGGCGGAGGAAUCUGACAAGGACAGGAAUAGUGGCAUUGAGGAAGAAGAGGGUCCUCUCCAAACCCCUGACAUCUCGGAGCAGCAUCCAGACAUUGAGCAGGACAUGUCAACGCAAGAAGGAGCAGUAGAACAGACUGAUGACUCCUCAGACAAUACAUCCCCGGUGGAGUCCUGAACCUUACUGACACUUAAAACUCUUACGUUAACCUAAUAACACAAAGAACUAUUUUACAUGGAGAUCAAAAUGUGUUUUAUUUCCUGUUUCAUAUUUAUUUAAUUUUUUUAUUUUUUAUUUUCCUUUUUUUGUCGUCUUUUUUUCGUAUUCUCAAGGGGAACAAACACAAUUACUGUAGAUUCAGAUACUUUGCACAGAAUAGGAGUUUGUUGCCAUAAGAAAGUUACAACACACUCUACAAACAAAAAAAACUGUAACAUUUUAUUUUUAAUACUUUUUUUUUUUUUGCUUCCCAAAAAUUUUUUCUUUCCCUUUUCAAACGGAUGCAACAAGGAAAAAACUAAUUUUAGUUUAUAUACAUUUGUGCAUGCAUUGAUAAGCCAUUUUUUUCAGGAAAAAAACAAAAGAACAAAAACCCAUCGAGAAGUAAACUGAAAAACACGUAAAUUUUUUCCUUUAAUUUGAUACAGUGAAAAGUUGUCGUGUUUUUUUUAUUGUCAUUUUUUUUUCCCCUUUGUAAGACUACAAAAGGAAAUCCUACUCACUCGGCCAAGCUGGGGGUCACUCCUGUGGAUUAUACUGUAUUUUUUUACAUUUAUUUUUUAUUUUUAUUUUUGCAGGGGUGAAGUAGGAAAUCACAAGGACUGUGGAAGGGGUGUGCCUUUUAUGUAUAUGUAUUUUUGUGUCUUUAGUUGUGUGGCAAAAUGGCGCUCCAAUGGCAAAGGCUUCUGGGUAAUCGGUAAACAGCAGCAGUGCUAAAAGGUUCCCCCUGAGCCUUGUAACCUAUAAAAACGCAUGCAUGGUGUUCAGACUUCCCCGAUGGGGGGUACAAAGUCGACUAGGUGGGGAAGAUCUGUCACCCUCUGUUUCGUAGCCAAAAGGUAAAUGAAUGUGGAAUCCUUUAGCCUCCAACAGACACUUUUUUUUUGGUAUAAAAAAGAAAAAAAUACGUAAAAAAAAAGUAAUAUUUUAUUUAAAUCUAUCCUUCUCUUUAACUCUCGUAACAUAGAUAUAUCUAUAUAUAUAUAAUAUAUAUUUUCUAAAUGCUUAUAAUUUAUCGAUCGCCUUCUCUCAUGAGAUUCACGAUGACGCCAUAGAUUUAUAGGAGGUUGCAGCGAGAGCAGAAAAUUUUAAAAAUGAAAAAAAGAAAAUGGUCUAAUAGACGGGGAACAGAAUGAUUGUCAAUGCCUCUUGCAGCUUGGUCGAAAGUCUUCCUCAACUGUCCUCUUCAUUAAUUUGCACGUACUGGCAAUACAUUCACAACAAAGCGGUUUUUAGGAGACGGCAAGCUGCAAAAGUGACUGUGGGGUUGGGGUUGAGGGGCGGGGGGCGGGUGAUAUGAUAUGU